AUGGGUAUGGCAGCAGCUGAAUCUCAGUUUCAUGUCUUAGCUGUUGAUGACUGCCUCUUGGAUAGGAAACUCAUUGAGAGGCUCCUCAAGAUAUCUUCAUAUCAAGUUACUACAGUUGAUUCUGGUAGCAAGGCUCUAGAAUUUCUGGGUUUGCAGGAACAUGACCAAAUCAGCUCAAAUACACCUUCUGUUUCCCCAAAUAAUCAACGGGAAGUAGAAGUGAAUCUCAUCAUCACAGAUUAUUGUAUGCCAGGAAUGACAGGCUAUGACUUACUCAAGAAAAUCAAGGAAUCAUCAUCACUGAGAAACAUCCCAGUAGUGAUCAUGUCUUCUGAGGAUGUUCCUUCAAGGAUCACGAGAUGUUUAGAGGAAGGAGCAGAAGAGUUUUUCUUGAAGCCAGUGAAAAUAACAGAUGUGAAUAGGCUUAAAUCUCACAUGAUGAGAACAAAAAUGAUGAACCAGAAGCAAGAAAUUAUACAAAAAAAUCAACAGCUGGAAGAACAUAAACCAGAAGAAUCAGACUCUCAAUUGCUCCAACAACAGCAGCAGCAGCAACAAUCCAGCAAUAAUAACAAGAGAAAGGCUGUGGAAGAAGGUCUUUCACCAGAUAGAACAAGACCCAGAUACAACAGCAUUUCCACCAUGGUCUGAUAUAAUAAUCUUGGAAAAUAAUAAGUUUUCUUUCAGAAACUCAAAUUUAUAUUGACAAUGUAAUUCAUAUAACCUCUGCUUACACUUCUUCUUUUUCUUUUUUUGUUUGUUUAAUUUUUUUAACAGUUUCAUUUACAGGCUUAAUAGGAAUGUAGAGAUAGAGUUUUUCAUGUACACAAUCCAAUUUUGUUCUUGUUAAUGGAAAUCCAGAAGAAAAUUUGGAAGAAAAGAAAUAGCUGAGACUG